UAAAGCGUCACUUCGGCGCCUCUCUAGCCCAUCCGUCUCUGUGUCCCGCUUUCCGGCUGUCGGCUCAGGUGAAAGUCACUUUCAGGAAGAGCGCCGCGCGGAACAAGAAAAAUGGCUGAUAGUAUCCAGGCCAAGCUGGACAACUACAAAACCGCCCCCUUCGACAGCAGAUUCCCAAACCAGAACCAGACUCGCAACUGCUGGCAGAACUACCUCGACUUCCAUCGCUGCGAGAAAGCCAUGGCCGCCAAGGGAGCUGACGCCACGUGCUGCCAGUGGUACCGCCGUGUGUACACAUCCCUCUGUCCCAUCUCUUGGAUCAAUACCUGGGAUGAGCGCCGGGCAGAAGGGACUUUUCCUGGCAAGAUCUGAUUGGCUGGUGUUGGUGUGUGAGCCACUUCUGCCCCCUUGCCCCGGGACACAGUGGAUCUGCUCGGUCCCUUGGUUCGAUGUCUUCAGCCUAUUCUUUGAUUGUCUUUGUCUUCAGUCCCAUCCGAUCGAGAGUUCAGUGUCCUCCGAUGGGACAGAGUCUGGGCCUUGCAAACUCUGAUGAUGGAAGUAAAGGGAUAAAACCUA